AUGGCAGUCAGCCUCCAGAAACGAAUUCUCCGACCGGGCAAUGGCAAAGACUACCCCCGGAAACUGGACGAAGUAAUCAUCGAAUACACUGGUUGGCUCCAUGACGCAAACUUGGCUGAUCAGGGAUAUAAAGGCGAAGAGUUCGAUAGUUCAGCUGGUCGUGGCGAGUUCAAGAUUCAGAUCGGGGUGGGCAAAGUCAUCCCAGGAUGGGAUCAAUUGGUUCCGCAGAUGUCUCUGGGCGAAAAGGCAACCUUGACGAUACCUGGACACCUUGCAUAUGGUACUCGUGGUUUCCCUGGUCUCAUCCCCAAGAAUGCCACUUUAAUCUUUGAUGUCUAUCUCAAAGCCGAGUACAAAGAUCUGGUGUCCGAGGUCAGCCAGGCAGGCAUCGACCUCGACCAGAAUGGCCAAUUGAUUGGACUACAAUUGGGAUUUACCAUCUUAGGCUAUCACGGCUCUGCAAGUCUUCCCCUCUCUACUUUCCACCCAUACGACGGCCUGGGCUGUGUGGGUGGUACCGAACUGCUCCGAAGCCUGGGGGAUGCAUGA